AUGUCCCAUCUUGAGCAGUCAAGAACAAUUGUGGUAGUGGGCGCUACUGGCAAUCAGGGCAGUGGUGUCGUCCGUUCCCUCCUCACCUCCACAACCGCAUCAUGGCGCGUUCGCGCACUUACUCGCGAUCCUUCUUCCGCCAAAUCACAGGCCUUUCUGUCAGCCAAUCAAACCCCAGAUGACCGCCUUGUCCUUGUCUCUGGUCAUGUAUAUGACAGAGCUUCACUCAUAUCGGCCUUUACUGGGGCGUAUGGUGUCUUUGCCGUGACCAGCGAGGUAUACCCUUUCAAGGUGCUUGAGAAAGAGGAAGAGAUGAUGCAUGAGAUUGAUGCUGGUCGCAACAUGGUGGAUGCUGCCAAGGAAUGUGGCGUCAAGCACUUUGUGUUUAGUACUCUGCCCGACAUGGUCAAGACUACAGGAGGCCGUUACCCAGGCAUUCAUCAUAUGAACAACAAGCAUGCCAUUGAGCAGCUUGCCAGAAAGGAGCUUGAUGGCUACACUGGCCUCAUACCUGGUUAUUUUUACACAAAUCUAGCAUGGCCGCAAUACAGCCAGCGAAGAGAGGAUGGUGUGGUGUGUUUCGUUGCUCCGAUUCCUGGAGGCCAAGUCACUCAAUGGACUGACCCAACCUACGACAUGGGCAUCUUUGCCGCCAAGGUCUUUGAACUUGGCGUUCCCAGAACCAAGGACAGAAACUUUCUCGUCCUCUCCCCCCGCAUCACAGCUGAUGAGAUGGCUUCCACUUUUACCCGCGUCACUGGUCAGCCCGCGGUCCACGUUCCUAAUACAGCCGACGAGUUCGCGGACAUGACGGCGCCUUUUGUUGGGCCUGCCUUCAGGGAAGAUGCAAAGCAGAUGAUGGAAUGGGCCGCUGUUACGCCUACGGACAAGGUCUGCUUUGGAGCCAUGGACCCGCAGGAUGAUGAUUCGUAUGAGGUUCUUGGCGUUAGAGCUAGUACGUUUGAGGAUUUUCUUCUGCGCAGUGGAUGGAAAGGGCCCGAGUAA